GGAAGCACUGGAAACGAACGUGCAGCAGAAAUUUUUCGUUGAGUGAAAAAGAGAAAGUCUCUGGCAGCAAGCUGCUGAUAGCUUGACUGUGCAAAGACUGCAAGAAGCGACCGACCGGCGGCGGAGCCAGGCGACGCACAGGAAAGGACAAGGGGAAUUUAGGCUGUGUCCCGUAUUUGGAAUAAGCAGGACUAGACUACAGCUUUCCUCUUGACGGGAAACGAGCUCCUCUGUAACCUUCAAAAAGGACCCGCAUUUUUGACGGCUAAUUUACGGGCUAUUGGAACUCUUGAAAUAACCGUCGUUUGGAACUGUGAAGAAACUAAAGAAGACACUUUGGUUUCUGGAAGAAGAAUGGAAUUUAAAGAACAUAUCUACCAGCAUUGAGUUGUGAUAAACAAGGGGAUAUUUUCUAGUUGGAUUAAAAAAAAACCUUACUGUUGAAACGGCCGAAUUCAGUUAAUCUUUGUUAAUACUAUGUAUAUUCUGUGUGAACUCCUGGGAUAAAAGGGGGCAAUGGUGGCAUUUAGGAACGGAGAGAAGAAGCGUUAACGUUAGCUCGCUGGGUAGCUAAACAGCUAACCUAGCAGGCUGCUAACUAAGCUUGUGUCGCCCUUCCAUUCCUGGAGCAGAGGAGGGGCGCUGGGGCUUUGUAGCAUUGCAGAUCUGUCUUGCAUUUUUGGGUUGCUGCAAGAAUGGAGAAUCUCAGAUAUCUGCAACAACAACUCAAGGGGAUCUGUUGAACCGCAUCGACUCAAUUAUUUUCCAUUUUCCUCACAGAGAAGGCCAGAAAGUUCCAGCAAACUUGGGAUUUCAUCAAAAUCAGCCGGCCCGGGGCAGCCAGGGUCUGUAAUUGUGACUACCCCUUUUCUUAUGUACCCUUUUUGGAUAGGUAUUAUGAAGUGGGGAACUGAUACACGAUUUUUCCACCCCCUAGAUAGUGGAAUUCGAGAGGGAGAUCAUGAAUAGGUCGGUUUUGACGCGGAAUUAGUCCCGGCUUGCCCUCUAUUCAAAGUUUUAUUAUUUUCUAGACAUAUUCAAGGUGAGCGAACUUCUUUACAGGCCUCUCUGCGCUAACUAACGGGCCGAGGAGGUGUUUGCACACCCCCCACCUCCACCAUCACUAUUACUUAAAAAACCAAGAGGCCGGAAUAAUGUCUGGAGAGGUGCGUUUGAAGAAGCUGGAGAAGCUGAUCCUGGACGGGCCAGCUCAGUCCAAUGGCCAGUGCCUGAGUGUGGAAACGCUGCUGGAUAUUCUGGUCUGCCUCUAUGAUGAGUGCAACAACUCCCCACUUAGAAGGGAGAAAAAUAUUCUGGAGUUUUUGGACUGGGCCAAGCCCUUCACUUCCAAGGUGAAACAGAUGCGCCUGCACAAAGAAGACUUUGAGAUCCUUAAGGUGAUUGGACGAGGAGCCUUUGGAGAGGUUGCAGUCGUUAAGGUGAAAAACACUGAUAAGGUCUUCGCUAUGAAGAUUCUUAACAAGUGGGAGAUGCUGAAACGAGCUGAGACGGCAUGUUUUCGGGAGGAGCGUGAUGUGUUGGUAAAUGGGGACUGCCAGUGGAUUACCACCCUGCACUAUGCCUUCCAGGACGACAAUUAUUUGUAUCUGGUCAUGGACUACUAUGUGGGUGGUGACCUGCUGACUCUGCUCAGUAAGUUUGAGGACCGACUGCCUGAGGAGAUGGCCAAGUUCUACCUGGCUGAGAUGGUGCUGGCUAUUGACUCCGUUCAUCAGCUACACUAUGUCCACAGGGACAUUAAGCCCGACAACAUUCUGUUGGAUAUGAACGGCCACAUCCGAUUGGCUGACUUCGGCUCCUGCCUCAAACUCAUGGAGGACGGGACGGUCCAGUCCUCCGUGGCGGUGGGGACUCCAGACUACAUCUCCCCAGAAAUCCUCCAGGCCAUGGAGGAUGGGAAAGGCAAGUAUGGGCCUGAGUGCGACUGGUGGUCCCUUGGCGUCUGCAUGUAUGAAAUGCUGUACGGCGAGACCCCUUUCUAUGCAGAGUCCCUGGUAGAAACCUAUGGAAAGAUCAUGAACCACAAGGAGCGAUUCCAGUUCCCACAGCAGAUAUCAGACGUGUCAGAGGAAGCAAAGGAUCUGAUUCGCAGGCUCAUUUGCAGUCGAGAGCACCGAUUGGGCCAGAACGGCAUUGAGGACUUCAAGCAGCAUCCAUUCUUCACUGGAAUUGAUUGGGACAACAUCCGCGCAUGUGAAGCCCCAUACAUCCCAGAAGUCAGCAGUCCUACAGAUACCUCCAACUUUGAUGUGGAUGAUGAUUGUCUGAAGAACUCGGAGACCAUGCCCCCACCCUCUCACACUGCCUUCUCUGGCCACCACCUACCCUUUGUGGGCUUCACCUACACAAGUAAAUGUACCCUAUCUGACCGGGGUUGUCUGCGACAGCUGGCAGGGGAGCCGGAUAAGGCAGGUCAGGGCCAGUUGGACCUGGAUGUCCAGCGCAGCCUUGAAGACAGCCUGGCCACAGAAGCCUAUGAGAGGAGGAUCCGUCGCCUGGAGCAGGAGAAACUAGAGCUGAGCCGCAAACUGCAAGAGUCGACUCAGACGGUGCAAGCGCUGCAGCACCCAACAGGUGAGGGUCCCCUCAGUGCUAACAAGGAGGUGGAGAUCAGGAGUCUGAAGAGCGAGAUCGACAUCCUCAAGAAGCAGAUUGCUGACUCGGGACAACUAGAGAAGCAGCUGGAGGAUGUGACGUUGGCCCGCAGAGACCUGGAGGACUCAUCUAAACACAUUAAAACUCUGGAGAAACAGAUGAAGAGCCUUACACAGGAGAGAGAUGAUCUGCACAAGGACCUUGUGGAGGCCAAUGAGAAGCUGAAGUCUCAGUCGAAAGAGCUGAAGGAAGCCCACAGUCAAAGAAAACUGGCCAUGCAGGAAUUUUCAGAGCUCAAUGAAAGACUCACAGACCUCAGGUCAGCAAAGCAGCGCCUGGCACGGCAGUUGCGCGAUAAGGAGGAGGAGAUGGAAAGCCAGAGUCAGAAGGUUGAGGCUCUCCGCCUUGAGGUGCGAAGGGCUGAGAGGGCCAAGAAGGAGAUGGAGGCGCAGGCAGAGGAGCAGGCAGGAGAGGCUCAGAAAGAGAGGAAGCUGAGAGAGCGGAAUGAGCAGUAUAGUCGACAGCUGGAGGAGGAGUUGGAAGGACUUAAGUUGAAGCAGGCCGGUCCAUCUGCCACUCCAGCCUCAGCUGACCAGACACAGGAGGUAGGACGCCUGCGGGGAGACUUGGAGAAGAAAACGCUCCUGUAUGAGGAGGAAUUGGCUUGUAGGGAGGCACAGCAUAGCACCGAGAUGAAGGCCCUUCGCAAGGAGCUGAGGGAUGCUGAGAGCCAGCAUCUUGCCCUGCAGAAGGAAAUCCUGAUUCUUAGGGACAAGCUGGACAAGACUCGCCGUGAAAGUGAUGAUUCCAUGAGUCAAAGUGAACGGGAAGAGUUUGAGACGGAGUACAAGCAGAAGUAUGACAGGGAAAGAAUCUUGCUUACCGAAGAAAAUAAGAAGCUGGCCAGUGAACUAGAUAAGCUGACAAGCAGGUUGGAGAAGGUGAGCAUCUCCAACCGGCAGCUGGAAGAUGAGAUGAGGGAGCUGGCUGACAAAAAGGAGAGUGUCGCUCACUGGGAGGCACAAAUCACAGAAAUCAUCCAAUGGGUAAGUGAUGAGAAGGAUGCUCGGGGCUACCUGCAGGCUCUGGCCACCAAGAUGACAGAAGAGCUGGAGGGACUGAGAAACACAAGCCUGGGAACCAGAGCCACGGACAUGCCAUGGAAAAUGCGCCGUUUUGCCAAGCUAGACAUGUCAGCCCGUCUGGAGCUGCAGUCGGCCUUGGAUGCUGAAAUCAGGGCCAAGCAGGGCAUCCAGGAUGAACUGAACAAGGUCAAGGCCAACACCAUCUCCACAGAAUGUAAACUGCAGGAGGUGGAGAGUAAAAACCAGGAACUCCUGGCUGAGAUCGACAGGCUGAAAAAGGAGACAGAGGAGCUUAGGCUACGAAGGGGUGUCAAGCACCAGGAUUCCCAGAAUUCCUUCUUGGCUUUUCUCAACGCCCCCACCUCAGCGCUCGACCAGUUUGAUCGCUCGCCAUCCGUUGGCCCAGCUAGCAAAGGCAGACGUGUGGACUCUAUGGAUAACUUCACCGCCACCAACACUCCAUCCCGGGAAGAUGACCCUAAGUACCAGCUAAAGUCCCGCUCACGUUCACCCUCCAUGGCUAGUGAUAUGGAGCCUAUAGAGUUGAUAGACCAUCCUUCCCGUACAGUCCAGACCCCUACCAUGCGGUCAGGAGGGUAUGGCAGUAUUGGACGCUCUUCACCUAAGCCCAAAGCACAUCAGUUUGUGGUGAAGUCAUUCAGCACGCCCACUAAGUGUAACCAGUGCACUUCCCUCAUGGUGGGGCUCAUACGUCAAGGUUGUACCUGUGAAGUGUGUAACUUCUCCUGCCAUGUAACAUGUGCGGACAAGGCUCCGGCUGUGUGUCCCGUGCCACAAGACCAGACCAAGGGCCCACUGGGUAUCGACCCUCAGAGAGGCAUAGGUACUGCGUAUGAAGGGCAUGUUAGGGUACCCAAACCGACAGGGGUAAAGAAGGGCUGGCAGAGGGCAAUGGCUGUAGUGUGUGACUUCAAACUGUUCCUCUAUGAACUGGGAGAAGGAAAAACAACACAACCAAGUGUAGUAGUCAGCCAAGUCAUAGAUAUGAGGGAUGAAGAGUUUUCAGUCAGUUCUGUCCUGGCCUCUGAUGUCAUCCAUGCCAGCCGCAAGGACAUCCCCUGCAUAUUCAGAGUGACAGCGUCCCAACUUUCCCCCGCCAGCAGCCAUAAGCCCUCCAUCUUAAUCUUGGCCGACAGUGACCAGGAGAGGAACAAAUGGGUGGGCCUCCUCAAUGAGCUCCACCGCAUCCUCAAGAAGAACAAGCUCAAGGAGCGCUUCGUCUACAUCCCCAAGGAAGCUUAUGACAGCACCCUUCCGCUCAUCAAGACAACGCAGUCUGCUGCUAUCAUAGAUCACGAGCGUGUUGCCCUGGGCAAUGAGGAAGGCCUUUUUGUCAUCCAUGUCACCAAAGAUGAAAUUAUCCGGGUGGGAGACAAUAAGAAGCUGCAUCACAUCGACCUGAUCCCCCAGGAACAGCUGCUGGCCGUAAUUUCUGGCAGGAACCGCCAUGUCCGUCUCUUCCCCAUGCAGGCCCUUGAUGGCCGUGAGACCGAUUCCUACAAGCUGGCUGAGACAAAAGGCUGCGUGACCAUUGUCUCUGGCCCCGUCCGCAACAGCUCACUCACUUGCCUCUGUGUGGCCAUGAAGAGACAAAUCAUAUGCUAUGAGGUGAAUAAGAGUAAAGCGCGUCACCGUCGGUUACGAGAGCUGCAGGCUCCGGGCCCCGUCCAGUGGAUGGGACUGCUCAGUGAGCGUCUCUAUGUGGGAUAUCAGUCUGGUUUCACCCGCUACAGUGUCCAUGGUGAUAUGUCUCCGGUCAGCCUGCUCCAUCAUGAGGACCACACCCUGGCCUUCAUCCCCCAGCAGAACCUGGAUGCCCUGUGUGCUGUGGAGAUUUCCAGCAAAGAGCUGCUGCUGUGCUUCAGUGCCAUUGGGGUGUAUGUGGACUCCCAGGGGCGUAGGUCGCGUCAGCAGGAGCUGAUGUGGCCAGCUGUGCCCAAUGCUGCCUGCUACAACGCCCCCUACCUGUCAGUGUACAGUGAGAAUGCUGUUGAUGUGUUUGAUGUCAACACCAUGGAGUGGAUUCAGACCAUCCCUCUCAAGAAGGUGCGACCUCUGAACAUUGACGGCUCUCUGAACCUGCUUGGACUGGAGACAGUCCGGCUUAUCUACUUUAGAAACAAGAUGGCCGAGGGUGAUGAGCUGGUAGUACCAGAAACGUCAGACAACAGCAGGAAGCAGAUGGUGCGCAGCAUGAACAACAAGAGACGCUUCUCUUUCAGGGUGCCUGAGGAAGAGCGACUUCAGCAGAGGAGAGAGAUGCUGCGAGAUCCAGAGAUGAGGAACAAGCUGAUCUCCAACCCCACCAACUUCAACCAUGUGGCCCAUAUGGGACCAGGAGACGGGAUCCAGAUCCUUAAAGACCUGCCCAUGAACGUCCGUGUUCAGGAGAGCCGUGCAGGCUUCAGUGGUUCAGUCAGCAUCCCCUCCAUCACAAAGAACCGUGCAGAGCCAGGCCGCUCCAUGAGCGCAAGCAGCGGACUGGGAAUACGCUCGUCCUCCCAGAAUGGCAGUGCUCUGCGCAGAGAACUGUCAGGAGGAAGCUAUGGAUCUAAACGUCAGACCAUGACCUCUCCCUCUGAGAGCUCCCUGUCCUCUGGUGGAGGAAUGGACUGUGGUGAUGCUCCACUCUCACAGUUUGACAGAGAGUGGCAGGCAGUCUCACCAUCGGAGAAGACCCCCGAUCUGAAAAGGGCUUUAAGGACCCUGCUUAGUAAGAUGAAGGACUCGGACUCCCCCCGUCACUCUACAGCCUCCAACAGCUCUACCUUCAGCAGCCCUCCCAGCCCAGCCUCCCCACACAAGACCAAGUCCCUGUCCCUGGAGAGCACAGACCGGAUGGGCUGGGAAACAUGAGCUCCCUCUAGCCUCUCACCCGCCCAACCCCAUCAACUGACUUACCGACCAACCGACAGCAAAGGACUCCAAACCCUCCUCCUCUUCUUCUUCCUCCACCGCAGCCUCUCACCUCGUUGCUGAAUAUUCCCCCUCACUGCCCAGAGAACUGCACCUCCUGAUGAACAUUUGUCCCGAUUUACAACCUCAAUUUGUCACCAUACUUCCAUACAUGGGGCAGAAAAACUAAGAAAGAGUCUGUCUUCUCUUUGAGGGAUAAUCUGAGGGAGAAGUCAUCAUAAAUUAAUGGUAGUGUAAAUGUGGGUGCUGAUGUUUGAAGAUGCAAGUGUGUGUGUGUUUGUGUGUGUGUGUGUGCGUGUUUGACAGAAGCUAUAUGCGCUUGCCAGCGUGUGUGCUUAUUCAGAAAGGGUAAAUGAUACAGGAAUGAAAAACUCUCAGACUCUCACUCAGACUCAAAAACCUCAUGAUGUAACAAAAAAGAAAAGGAUUAUUAUGGAGAGAAACUUGAUUUGUAAUUGUACAUAGGACCCUUUGGGUUUUAGGGGACACCAUUUUAAUUUAUUUAUCAAUCUUAUGAAAGGAAAGGGAGGUUUGAGUCUUUAUGGCCAGAAGCAGACGGAGGGAUUUUAACCCCUCCUCACUUCUUAGUUGCUUUCUCUUUGGGUGCUGCAAAAAUCAAGAAAGAAAUGAGAGAGAGAGAGAAAGUAAGGAAAUCAAUGACUUUUCUUUUUUAUUUGGCUGAUGAUACUAAGUGCAGUGACUUUAUAUUUUUAAUUUUGACUGUCAGAAAAAGCUACAAGCAGUGUUAAUAACGGCUCAUAUGACAUCAUCACAGCUCCUACUACUCCUCCGCAUCAGUCCAGUGCGAGGGACAUCCAGCAGCCCUGGACGUGUCCUCCAUUGUAGUGUAGAUGUUCCACCUUGCUGUACAACCAAAAUGACCAACUUACAGUCUCUCAUCAUAAUAAUGUACAUAGGUGCAAAGUAGAGAGUAAUAUAUGAUACGGAAUAUACUGUAGAGAACUACACGGGGAAGAAAAAAAAUCCUCUCUGACUUUUCUUUUUUUGUUUUGAGUGAUUUUAGGUUGAAUUCACACACAAAAAGCCAUUUUAAAUUAUUUCCAGUUUUCUUUUUUACCAAUUGGUUCUAGGUUUGUUUGUUUUUGAACACGUGCAUUUAUCACAAACCUCCUAUCACACGUUUCUACACACACACACACACACACACACACACACACACACACACACACACACACACACACACACACACACACACACACUUUCUCUCUCUCUGAGGUGGUGUUUUCAUGCAGCAAAAGCAAAUGCCUUGUCCUGGUCCUCCUCGGAUUUCUAAGAGAUGAAGUGGCUCUGAUCAUUUAAUCAACAGUUAAUGUGUGUGUUUCUUAAUUCACUGUGGUACCUGGAUAGGAAAGGUCAGUCCUCCACUAAGAGAUCAGCUCAAUAUAACCAAAAAUGGACAAAAAGAGGGAGACUGACAUUAUUUUGUCCUUCUCACAGCCUUUGCUUAUUCUGAAGAAUUUUUUAGUGAUCUGUUCGUUAAAAGCUUCAUUGUAAGAGCUCUUGAUUAAAAAAAAAAAAAAUGCUAAAAUACGAAUGUAAACACUUAAAAGCUGCGAGAAAGUCAGCACUUGGGUUUCUGUUUGUCUUGAUAAACCGCAGAUAAAAUAACCUCAGUGCUACCUGUUGUCUGUAAAAUAAACAGGGCUGGAUCUCUAAACCUCCCUCCAGGUGGUUUUUCUUUGGCAGAAUGAAAAGGCCUUUCAAAGAGCAUUUUAUGGUGCGGCAGCUCCUGGCUGCAGAGAAUGGCAUUCAUGGCCAAAAACCUAUUACCUCUGUUCAUCUCCUCCCGUUUACAGACAGUGAAAGGCAUUUUACUUGAGGAAUUGCUCAUAGGGCAGAAUGUGAGAAAACUGUAACGGAACAAUGUGCAUGGAGCUGAAAUGUCCUGACAAACACUAACUACAAUGUGGUUAUAAUGUUGUAUUAUCUGUAAGAAGAAUGCACAUUCUAUAUUCUAAUACUGCCCUGUUGUUGGUGACAGUGCAGAGAGUGUUUUGUCGUUAUCGGAGGGUUUCUGAUAAAUUUGGUCAUCCUCAGUAGGAACAAAUGAAUGCUUACAGUACAGUAUCCUAGGUCAGAAUCCUCCAGUUUAGUCCGCUUGUCCUUUUUGGUUAGAAAGGGAAACAAAAACUUUGGUGCACAUUCCUGCCAAUCCUGCCCGGUUGAAACACAACAAAGUAGUUCUAAACAACCCAUUCCAAGUGUUUUAUUUAGUAUUCUAUUUUAUAUGAGGAGAGAGAGAUUUGGAGCGCCAGAGUGCGACUAAGUUGGUUUUUUAUUCCAAACAACCUCCUCUUAGAAACGUUUUAAGCUAAUGACUCUCCUCGGCUCCUGCUAGAGUUCAUCUGUAGAAUGUAUUCGCUGGGGGAAGAGUAAACCGUCUUAGCCAGGUGUUUUAUUAUUGGCCAAUACUGUACAGAAAAUCCUGAUCCCAUAUAUUCCAGUUUAAGGAGAGGAGAAGAGAAACUCAGGAAAUGUCGGAACCAAUGAAUUAUUUUCAUUAGAUGAGAAUGAGCGUGUUAGAGAUUUGUUUGAUGGAUGGAUGGAGGAGUGGGGAGUGAGGCUGUAAUGUACAGUAGAUGCGACCUGGGUGGAGACUGCAGGAAGAAAGGGUGGUGAGGACUAGAAGAUAGAAAAUGAUGACGUUUCAGGGGUGAAGGGUGAAAGGUGGUUUGAUGGCUGAGGUGCCACAGUGUCAACAUUUAAAAGCAACAAAAUCAUUAAAAAAAAUAAAUAAAAAUCAAAUGCCUUUGCAUUUCAGUGAGGUCUUAUCCACAGUACCUUCUAUAUUAUUUUGCUCUUUCAUAUCAUAUUACACUUUGUUGUUUUUUCUAGGAUUGCUUUGUAAUAAUUUGUACAGUUUUGCAUGUUAUAGAUGUAAUCAUUUGUUUUCGGUUUGUUGUUUUUUUUGGACUUGCUCCUUUUUGAAAGGUUUGGGCGUUUUACUGAGGAUAACCCACUACAGGUGAUGUAGAUUCUUUUUUGCACAAAAAAUAUUUAAGGUGUAAGGUCAAAAAAAAAAAAAUAAUGUAUGGAACUGGCUGCCACACUUAUGUGGAGAACUCAUUAUAUUAACCCAACUCCGAUGUAUUUCAAUAAAGCGGAGGGCUGUUACAAAUACA